AUAAUAGGACCUCAGGAAAGUGUAUCAAUGAUUUUCUCUCCACUUAAAGUCAGCUGUCAGUUCUGGUUUGAACUCAAUCAAGAUUGUGGAAACUGUAUAAGCAGGCUUGUUUUUGACUCUCUCUUGGUUAUGUCCCUCCAAUUUCAUAUCGGUUUAUUCCAAGAGGCAAUAUUACUAUUCCAUUUUCUGUUGGUGUUGUCAUGAGAGAUCAUUUUGAGUUCCCUGGAUUGCAUAAGAAUGUAGGGGGGCUUUAUCAUUGAAACUUCUGCUAGCCGAAGAACUCUUGUAGGUGAGAUAACUUGGACGACUCCAGUUGCUAGUUCAAAUGAAGACGUCGAUGAUGAUUUGCCAGAGAUUGGCAACUAGGAGGGCGAUCCAUGGGAGAUAAAGAGAGAGGACCCUGUCUUCGAGAUGGACGAUCGGUUUGGAGGUCCACAUUUUGUGGGGGCAAAAAGCCAUUAAGAACUAACUUCUUGAAUUUUAGCAGGAAUGGUAAAGAAAGGGUGCACCAGGAUGCAGGGAAGCCGAUUUUUGUUGUAAAAUUCGGAAGAUAACAAACAUUUGAGGUGAAGAAGGGUCUAAAUUCAGAAUUUUAGGGGAAAAAAAAAACUUGGUUUUUAUUCGGUUUGUUUAUUUACACCCUGUCGAGGCUCAACGCCUUGGACUCGUGCAGACGCCGCUUUUAAAGACGCUCUGACUCUGACUCUGACUCUGACUUCUUGACCAAGAAGAGCCGAGAUGAAAAGACAGAACUCUGUUAUAAAAAGACAGGCUCUGACCGUGGUCACGUGCUCGUGCUUUUAAUGCGAGGGUCCUACUCCUUAUAUACUAUAUUAUUUAGCCGACCACGUAUAUCCGAUGGCUUUAUUUAUUACAUUAAUAAGUUUUGUAGCGCUCACUACGUGAAAGUUUAGUAUUCAAAAUACGAACGCCCUCGGAUCCUGGUUUGUCGUACGCAAAGCAUGAGACGAGUCCUGUGGUCCGGUUCUCUUCGAUUGGAUCUGGGCUCCAAGAUGGACCACUCAGAUGUGCUGCAAUGCAGGAACAAAUUAACCAAUUGGUUCGUUGGUAGGUAAAUGCUCUUUAUCGUAUCGAUACCCAUGGAAACUUCUUAAGAAUUCUCCAGGUCUUGUGAAGGACGUUGGUCCCAUUGCGCAAGAUUAGUUCAAGUCACAUUGAUUGAUGGUAUUUCGAGGUGCGAAAUCUCACUCCGUGUUUCGGCCUUCGCCCGCUACCGUUUUCCGUCAGCCGUUGUUUCUCCUCCACGAAAAAGUGUUCCUGCGGCACACCUUUCGAUUCUUUAUUUUUAAGUACAUGUUUUUUUUCUUUAAAUUCGAAAAACUUCAAAUUUAAAUCCCACCAGCCCCUGUCCUUUCCGCAAUCACCAACCCCACGACUCUCUUCUUCGUUCCUCCGAUUUCCACCUAGUAGAGAGGGAGGAAGAGAGAGAGCGGGGGCGGAAAGAUCCCAUCCUUUUCCACCUCAUUUGCUCGGAGAGGAAGGAAGGAUGAUGGCGGAGGCUGCGUAUGGCGGUGGCGGCGGUGGCGGCGAGGUGGAGGCGGCGGUGCAGGCGCUGAACACGAUCAUCCAGUUGCACUUCGAGAAGACGCUGGAGAAGAAGCGUGCGGUGGACGGGCAGAAGAAGGAGCUGUGGCGGCUCUUCCAGCUCUUCUUCCUCUUCCUGGCUCUGGUGCUGGGAGCCCAGCUGGGUGCCUCGCCGGAGCGGCUCCAGUGCCGGCACUGCUGGGCCCCCAUCGGGCUCCUCUCCCUUGGCCACCUCAUCUUCUACAUCGCGGUCGCCCAGACCCUCCGCUGCCUCAACGGCUUCAAGUACCAGCGCCGCUGCCACAAGCUCACCCUCGCCCUCGCCACCGACCGCCUCAAGCACCUCAAGAUGCGCUACUCCGCCGCCGCCGCCGGCGACCACUUCCUCCUCCUGCCCACGGACUACGAUAUCCCCUACCAGGAGCCCCCGGAGAGCUAUCUGGCGAAGUUCAAGCGGAGCUGGGCCCUCCAUUUCGCCUUCUUGAUCUGCACCUUCGGCUUCAUGGUCUCCGCCUCCGUCGUUCUCCUCUGCUUCUAGUAGAAUCCAUAUAUAUAUAUAUAUAUCUUCUCUUCCCCAACUUGUCUUUUUGGAAUUAUAUGACGCAGUAGAUGAUUGUAAUGAAAAACCAUGGCUAUAUAUAUGGUUAUCUGCUUUUGAGGAGCUUUAUGCCACCAAUGCCGAGCUCUUCUUUCUUUCUCUCCAUAUGUUGUGCAAGCUUAUCACUAAUAUAUUUAUGGCUUUUUAGAAAAGAAAAUAAUUAUAUCGGUUA